AUGGACGAAACACAAUUUACAGAUAGAGCAUUGGCUGUCGUUACCAAUGCACAAAAGUUAGCUGAAGAACAUGCUCAUCCACAGUUACUUCCUAUCCAUUUGUUGGCGGCUUUCGCUACCAGACCAGAAGAUGGCUCAGUUAGUUACUUGCAAACUUUGCUAGAGAAGGGUCGUUUUGACUAUCAAGCUUUUGAGAGACUUGUCAACAAACAUUUGGUUAGAACUCCAUCUCAAAACCCAGCUCCAUCUCAAAUUACUCCAAGUUAUGCUACUGGGCAAGUAUUGACCAAAUCUACAAAGAUCAAAUCACAACAGAAGGACAGUUUUGUUGGUCAAGAUCAUAUUUUAAUGGCAUUGUUAGAAGACUCAAGUAUUCAAUCAUUGUUGAAAGAAGCUGGUAUACCUAUUGAAGGUUUGAAACAACAAAUAUUACAAUUGAGAGGUAAUCAAAAAAUUGACUCAAGAAGUGCAGAUACAAACCAAGAAUUAGAAUACUUGACUAAAUAUGCAAUUGAUAUGACUGAACAAGCUAGACAAGGUAAAUUAGAUCCUGUCAUUGGAAGAGAAGAAGAAAUUAGAUCAACAAUCAGAGUAUUGGCUAGAAGAAUUAAGUCAAAUCCAUGUUUGAUUGGUGAACCAGGUAUUGGUAAAACCGCCAUCAUUGAAGGUGUUGCUCAAAGAAUCUUGGAAAAUGAUGUUCCAACUAUUUUACAAGGUUGUCGUUUGUUCUCAUUAGAUCUUGCUGCAUUAACUGCUGGUGCUAAAUACAAAGGUGAUUUUGAAGAAAGAUUAAAAGGUGUUUUAAAAGAAAUUGAGCAGUCAAAAGUUUUAAUUAUCCUAUUCAUUGAUGAAAUUCACAUGUUGAUGGGUAAUGGUAAAGAUGAUGCUGCAAAUAUUUUGAAACCAGCCUUAUCAAGAGGUAAUUUGAAAGUCAUUGGUGCCACAACAAAUAAUGAAUAUAGACAAAUUGUUGAAAAAGAUGGUGCUUUUGAAAGAAGAUUCCAAAAAAUUGAUGUCAAAGAACCAACAACAAGAGAGACUGUUGCUAUAUUGAGAGGUUUACAACCAAAAUAUGAAAUCCAUCAUGGUGUUAGAAUCUUGGAUUCUGCAUUAGUUAGUGCUGCUCAAUUGGCUAAACGUUAUUUACCUUAUAGAAGAUUACCAGAUUCUGCCUUAGAUUUAGUUGAUAUAUCUUGUGCUGGUGUUGCAGUUGCUAGAGAUUCAAAACCUGAAGAAUUAGAUUCUAAAGAGCGUCAAUUACAAUUGAUUCAAGUUGAAAUCAAAGCUUUGGAAAGAGAUCAAGAAGCGGACCCAACAACAAAAGAAAGAUUACAAAUUGCUAGACAAAAAGAGGCUUCAUUGGAAGAAGAAUUAGUUCCAUUGAGAGAGAAGUAUAAUGAGGAGCGUCAAGGUCAUGAAGAAUUGACCUCCGCAAAGAGAAAGUUGGAUGAUCUAGAAACAAAGGCUAUCGAUGCUGAACGCCGUCAUGAUACUGCUACUGCUGCUGAUUUGAGAUAUUUUGCAAUUCCAGAAGUUAAAGAAAGAAUCGAUCAAUUGGAAAAACAAGUUGCUGAAGAAGAAGCUAAAUCCGGUGCUGGCUCAUUGAUUCAAAAUGUUGUUGACUCUGAUACAAUUGCAGAAACUGCUGCUAGAUUAACCGGUAUACCAGUCAGUAAAUUGACUCAAUCAGAAAAUGCUAAGUUGAUCACUAUGGAAAGAGAAUUAUCUCAACAAGUUGUUGGUCAAAGUGAAGCUGUCAAAGCUGUCUCUAAUGCCAUCAGAUUAUCAAGAUCAGGUCUAGCUAAUCCUCAUCAACCAGCUUCAUUCUUAUUUUUGGGUCUUUCAGGUUCUGGUAAAACUGAGUUGGCUAAAAAAUUGGCUUCUUUCUUAUUCAAUGAUGAGCAGGCUAUGAUUAGAAUCGAUUGUUCAGAGUUGAUGGAAAAACAUUCAGUUUCAAAAUUAUUGGGUACAACUUCUGGUUAUAUUGGUUAUGAAGAAGGUGGUUUGUUGACUAAUCAAUUACAAAGAAAACCAUAUUCUGUUAUACUAUUUGAUGAGGUUGAAAAAGCUGCCCCAGAAGUUUUGACUGUUUUGUUGCAAUUGUUAGAUGAUGGUAGAAUCACCUCAGGUCAAGGUAAAGUUAUUGAUGCUUCUAAUUCAAUUGUUAUUAUGACUUCUAAUUUGGGUUCUCAAUUUAUUGUUACUCAAACAACUUCUAAAAUUUCAGAUCAAACUAAGGAAUUGGUUAUGAAUACUGUUAGAGGACAUUUCAGACCUGAAUUCAUCAACAGAAUCUCAUCAAUUGUCGUGUUCAAUAAAUUAUCAAGAAAAGCCAUUCAUAAAAUUGUUUCCAUUCGUCUCAAGGAAAUUGAAGCCCGUUUCGUUGAAAAUGACAAGAACUACAAGUUGGAUGUCUCGCCAGAAGCUAUUGAUUUCCUCGCAAAGAAUGGUUACACAGAAGAUUUAGGUGCAAGACCAUUGAAUCAUUUAAUACAGAGAGAAAUUUUGAAUAAAUUGGCUGUUUUAAUUCUAAAGGGCCAAAUCAAAGACAAAGAAACCAUACAAGUUGUCAAAAAGGGCGAUGGUUUAUAUGUCGUUCCAAACCAUGAAGCAAAUGAAGAUUCAAUGGAUGUUGAUGUUGAUGAUUGGUCAGAUCCAGAUGAAGAGGAUGAAGAUUUAGCUGAAGAACCAGUCAUUUUAGAUUAAGUUUAGUUGAAUUUAUGUUUGUUUGUUUGUUUUAUUUGGUAUAUUUUACAUAGUUUUAAUUGAUUAAUGAUCAUAAUUUUAUAUAUAUUAUUGAAGAUAUUUGUAGUUUAUCACAUCAUAGCAUCAGUAAUUAGUGAAGGCUCAUCCCUAUUUGUGAGCUCAUAAACUUUUAUAUGUCCAUCACUGAAGGUCACAUAAAUCCAAAACGAUUUUUCAUCAGCGCGAUAAACUCCUAAACCAAUAAUUGUCUCAUCGGGUUGAACUUGAGGUCU